AUUGUUUCCUUUUAUAAUAUUGCUAUUUGCAGUAACACGUGGUGCGUGCAUUGUUAAUUAUAAUUAAAGUUACAAUAUUUACCAAGAGGGAUAUUUACUAUAAAAACUAAAAUUUAUACAAUGGCAAAAUCAUUACGCAGCAAGUGGAAAAGAAAAUGCAGAGCAGUUAAAAGAGAACGUUAUGGUGCUAAAGAACUGGCAAAAUUAAAAAAAACUCUUGGCAUCGAUGAGAAUGGGGAUGUUGAAAUGUCUGAAAUUACGGAGAUUGCUACAGUGGUCAAUGCCAAUGACAUCAAAGAUAGUGCUAAAGCGAAGGAAAGUGAUAAUGCUGAUGUAGAAGAAAUGGAAGUGGAUAGUGGUAGAGUAUAUAAUAAGAAAACGUUAAGAGAUCAAUAUGGAAACUAUCCAGUUUGGAUGAAUAGGCGAAAAAUUUUAAAGCACAAAAAGGGAAGAGCGAAGGCUGCUAAAGGUACUACCAAAACAAAUAAAAGAUUAACUAGGCGACAAAAAAAAGCACUUAAAGAAAAAAAAUAAAGAGGGCUGUAAAU